GGGAAAUAUUGAUUGAAGUCACGAGAGGAGGAUGAGGGUUUCCGCAUGGUAGUAGCGCCAGUGGCGCAGGAAAAUAAAACCUAAUUUACCAAAUUCAGACACAGAGAUUCUCAUUCCUCAAGAUCUUCUUAUGUGUUGUCUCUGAUUAAUCCUCAAAUUUCUUCUUUUUUUUUUCUCUCACUCUCUCUCUCUUUCGGUUCCCAAAUUACUACAAUGUGCUCCAUUUCCUCACUCCACCCAACCCAUGUCUGAGUGUAGUGUUUCGGAACAGAUAUUGCUAACAUGAAGGACUCUUGGUUUUUCGACAAUAACUUCAACGGUCUGUCAGAUGAUAUUUUUGAUGAUGUCGUGGGCUUUUUUGAUUUCCCACUGGAAGAUGUAGAAGAUGACUGGGAUUCUCAAUUUAAAUGCCUUGAACACCAACAUUCUGAGGUUUUUUCAGCAUCAUCAAAUGGGCUGUGUGCCAAAACACAAACUGAAAAUCCUCAAUUUGGGACGGAGUUCUCUGUUUCUUGUAAUGGGAUUUCCCCAAUCAAACAGCUGGAAAAGGCUCCUGGACCAACAUAUGGAAAAACCAUUCCCCUCAAGAAUGUCACUUUCAAUGGAAAAGAUUUGCACCGAUUCCGAACCUACAGCCCAGUUUCAGUUUUUGAAAGCAGCAGUUCUUCCUCUGUUGAGAAUUCGAGCUUUGAUCGACCUGUCAUUCCAGUAAAGCGUGCUCGAAGUAAACGGCAUCGUCGAUUAAGUUUCAGUCCUCUAUUUUCCAUUCCUGUCGUCCAGGCUUUGCAAAAACAGCAAAGGACAUCUGCCUCUGAAUCAGAUUUUGGAACAAAUGUUGCUGGGAAUAUGUCAAACAAAGUAAAAAGCCACAAGAAAAAGGAUUUGUCCCUGCCAUCAGAAGAUGUUGAGUUAAUGAGAUCCUCACAUCUGGUGUCAGAUCCACCAAGGAAAUGCACGCAUUGUGAGGUGACAAAGACCCCACAAUGGAGAGAGGGACCUAUGGGUCCCAAAACACUGUGCAAUGCUUGUGGUGUUCGGUACAGGUCCGGCCGCCUCUUUCCCGAAUACCGGCCGGCAGCUAGCCCAACUUUUGUUGCAUCAUUGCACUCAAACUGUCACAAGAAGGUCGUGGAGAUGAGAAGCUUAGUCCAGGAGGAUGUUAGGGGUUCUGUGUUUGCUUCAUCAAAUCUCCAUGGAAAUUCUGUAGGAUAAUUUUUAUGUUGGAUUGAUUAUACUGAGGAAGAAACGGUAGUCCUGAACAGGAUCCUCCUUGUUUGUUGUUUUCAUUAUAGUCUAAUGUUAUAUUGCUUAGCUUCAUUUGUUUGAUUAAUGUAAAUUGAUUGGUGAAAAUAAAAGGUAGUAGCAGGUUAGUGCUUUGCGAGGAA